AUGGGGGAAUGUAGAAGACCUAACCCUAAUUCGCCUCAAUUCCGUCAGUGGGAGAGAUGUGAUGACAUGGUAACCUCAUGGAUCCUCAAUUCCCUUGCUAAGGAAAUCUAUGAUAGUGUGGAGUAUGUGAACGACUCAGUUGAGUUAUCGAGGGAAUUAGAGGAUCGUUAUGACCAAACGAAUGGGGAAACAUUAUAUCAGAUUCAUAAAGAGAUUAAUGAUCUUGUACAGGGAACCUUAGACAUUACCACGUACUAUACACGAAUGAAGAGAUUGUGGGAGGAACUGAACACUUUGAGUGCCAAAUCUCAAUGUAGCUACAAUUGCACAUGUGGAGCAAAAGAAACUAUGCACAAGGCAGAACAAGAUCGACGACUUAUCCAAUUUUUAAUGGGCUUGGAUGAGGUCUACACAAUAGUGCGAGGAAGUAUCCUUAUGAUGAAGCCUCUGCCUUCUAUGGCACAAGCUUUCUUUCUACUGAUACAAGAAGAAAAACAAAGGGAAUUCAAACCUAAUAGCCAACUUAGUUUGGACUCUACUUCACUGCAUGUAAAUGCAAAUCCACAACAUCAGAAUCCAUUUAGAGCCAGGAACUUCAAGACACAUUAUACAGUCAACAACAAUAAUAAGGGUCGUUCAUUUUGUGACUACUGCAAAAGACCAGGGCAUAUAAGGGAGAAGUGUUAUAAGUUACAUGGAUACCCUCAAGGCAGUUCAUAUAAUAAUCAGAACUUCAAUCGUACCAAUACUCAGCCCUAUAAUCAGGGGAACAACCAGAACCAUAAGUUCAACAAAGGAAAAGGCUCUGUGGCAAAUAUACAUAGAACCCCGACUGAUAUGAUUCAUGAGAAUGGAGAUGAGCAGGACCUACAAGAUGAAAAUCAGAAUGUCAACCUGACAAAAUAG